AUGCAAAAAUCCACAGUCGACGGAGAGGACCGAUUAGCAGUUUUUGGUUAUGGAUCACUUAUAUGGAAACCAAAUUUCAUGUACCGAAGACGUUCAGUGGGUUUUAUCAAAGGUUAUGUAAGACGAUUUUAUCAGGGCAACGUGACACAUCGCGGGACACGUGAAAAGCCUGGUCGUGUAGCCACAAUUAUUCCCACGGAUGAAGCGGAAUCUCGUGUUUGGGGAUGUGCUUAUGAAAUCGUCGGUCAGGAGGAAGUUAAGGCUGCACUAGAGCAUCUCAACGAACGAGAGGUGAUCAACGGCGGCUAUGACUUUGUUGAGACGGACUUUCACCCAAUCCGACCGGAACCCGGUAUGCUGACAAAAUUUAAAGCCUGGGUUUGUGUUCAUAUCAGCGAUACGGAGUUGUGUGAUUCCACCCUCCUCCGGGGAUCAAGCCAAGCUGACAUUCCCUGCGACCUUUAUUUGGGAGAAGCUCCGCUGGAGGUUCAGGCCUCACAAAUAGCAUCCGCUCGUGGUACUUGUGGUUCGAAUAGUGAUUACGUUUUCCGGAUCGCCUCAUUUAUGCGCAAUGAAGUCCCAAUCGAACAAUCCUCCACCGAUGAUCCCUACAUUUUUGUCCUCGAAAGACUCAUUCUCAACAGAAUGAUGCGGGAUGGUCACUAUUCCACUGGAGGAGAACUCGAUGAUUCGAAGCGUAUAUCCAACUUCCGACCACUUUAUACCACAAAGCCGUGUACUUUGGAUGAAGCUCUUUUUAAUAAUGACAUACAGAGCAAACACUACAAUCAUUCAUACUUAAUCCAGGAUUGA